AUGGCGGAGGAGGAGGCCGAGGAGCAGCAGCGGUUCUCUUACCAGCAGAGGCUGAGGGCAGCCGUUCACUACACCGUCGCUGCCCUCUGCCAGGAGGUGGCUUCAGACAAGGGGAUGCCGUUCAGCAAGCAGAGCGUCGCGGCCGUCUCGGAGGUGACUUUCCGGCAGUGCGAAAAUUUUGCCAAAGACCUUGAGAUGUUUGCAAGACAUGCGAGAAGGAGCACAAUUAACACUGAAGACGUGAAGCUCUUAGCCAGGAGGAGUAAUUCACUGCUGAAAUACAUCACAGAGAAAAGUGAAGAGAUUGCCCAGUUUAACACGGAGCAAAAGGCAAAGAAGAAAAAGAAGUUAGAGGAGGGAAACAAGACGCUGGAGGCGGCCGAGGUGGUGGAGAGUGAGAGCUAG